CACACUUUAGUUUAUUUCCCGCCACCAAAAACCAUGAAAUCUUUGUAUGCCGCUCGAACAAUCACAGCUAUUCCAAAGUUGAGUUCUUCCUCUUGCAAUAACAUUUCAGCUAGAACCAAUCUUGCUGUGCCUGCACUCAAUGUCUUGGUUCAGUCGCAGCCAAUUGUCACAAAAUUUGUUCUUUCCAAGUUACAAACAGCUCUAAGAUCUCAGUCUGCUUCAAACCCAGAAACCCAAGUGGAUGAAGAAGAAGACCCAGAUGCCCAAGUUCAAGACUUGAGUGUCCCAGAACAUUACUUGGUCCCUUCCAAGGCCUUGGAGGAAUCAGAGUGGUUGAGGGUCACUUUGCAUAAGUGGUUGGAUGAUGAGUACUGCCCAGAACCAACCAAUGUGGAAAUCAGCAAGAUUGCUGCUCAGUCAUACUAUAAGGCUUUGCUAGAGAAACAGACUGAUCUGGGUGAGAUUUUGUUGAAGAUGGCAAUGGAAUUGGAAUCCAUUUCUUAUCAGGAGAGUUUUCAUGGGGCUUUCUCAUCAGCCAAUGCAGCUGUGAGUUUGAUUGCACAAAGGAUAGAGCAGGCCUAG